AUGAUCAACUUCGCGGCGAAGAAGUCGCGGGAGAUGUUGGCCAGCUACCUGUCGCCCAUUGUGGAAGGCUAUGCCAAGAAGUAUCUCUCUAAUGUCCCUGAUUUACAACUCUCCCUUUGGGGCGGUGACAUCGUGCUGCAAAACAUCGCUGUCCGCGUUCAAGCCCUCGAGGAGGAGCUGAAGCGAAUGGCGCUGCCCAUUACCCUCCAGAGCGGGUUCAUCCGCGAGUUGCGAGUGCACAUCCCCUGGACCGCGCUUACGUCAGAGUCAGUCGAGGUGUGGAUCAACUCGAUCGAGAUCGUUGCCUCUGCCGCGGAGCGAGAGCCUGUAAGCGAGGAUCCUACACGACCAACCGAAGUGCCCAAGAAGAAAGAUGAAGAAGGGGAGGGCGAGGAGGGGUGGAUCAAAUCGCUGGUGAGAAAGAUCAAACAUAACGUCAUCGUGCACGUCAAGGACCUCAACAUCACCUACAUCGAUAGCGAUGCGUCAGUGAUCGCCUCCGCGUCGUGCCAAGAGAUCAGCUGCUACCCCACAGAUGGCAACUGGCUGAAGGCAUUUUUGGACGUCACACCACAAUCGGAAAUACGCAGAGCCUGCAAGGUGGACGGCUUCUCUUUGAGCAUGGAUGCCUACACGAAACCGGGCAAAAUCGGAACUCUUUACAAACCUGUGGUGGAAGACCUCGACCUGGAUGUCCGGAUCUUCCUUUCACAGCUGGAGCAGAAGUUUGCGGAAGGCCCACCAGCCAAGGGCAACGAAGUGGGCGACGGCUCGGAAGUGAGGAGCGUGCGGCAGCAACGUAUCGACAUUCACACCGGCAACCUGCCAGUCUUUCUCCACCUAGACCAAUACCGGCAGCUGCUGGGCAUCAUCGACAACUACAAGCAACGAGCGGCGGCGGCCAAGCGCUCGCCGGAGAAACCCAACGAGGCUCUGGCCUCCCCGGCCGUGACUGCCAAGAGCAUCUCGGCUUCCGCCGACCCUCAGGGUCCCGCUGGCGCACAGGGGGAAAACAAGGGCUGGCUCUCCUGGGCGUGGGACAUCAUGGUCGAAGAAGACCCACUUGAAGAAAGCGAGAAGGAGCGGCGAGCGAAUUCUCCACCGACGGAGAUCCAGAUAUCCCUGUUUGCAGCGAUGGCCAGACUCUCGUUGAGCAACGUCCCUCCGCUGCCGCCCACGUCACCGCCGCUUUCGCCCGCCACGGAGUCAAACGGUGGGGACAAGGAAGACUUCCGGCCCGACGAAGGCGACAGACCGCGCCUCGACGUCGACGACGAAGGGAACGAAAAGAGGAGGAACUCGCUCGCUGCCACAGUUCCACCGAGGAAGAUUUUCUCCUUCGACGAGUUUGGCUGCUUCGACGUCGAAGGAUUCGCCGUCGGCAUCUCGCUAUUCAAGAACUUUGACCAGAGCAAGCCACCAGUCUUCGACGUUGGCGUACACGGCCUGAACUACCGCACGAAGCAUCGCCCGCUUGUGAGCUGCAGGUCUGAGCAAGAUGGCGUGUUCUCCCACAUGCCUCAUUCCCUCUUCUGGAACGCCGAGGAGAUGCAACCUGAGCUCAACGACGCCAGUGUGUGGUCCAUCCUCAACGCGGUUGCCUUUUCGUUCGGGCGGAAGCCGCUCGCCAAACACUUGAGUGAACUCGUGGUGGGCAUUCCCCACUUUCAGCCGCCUCUGUUCAUGCAUCUCGACUUCGCCUUUUCACCACUGUCCGUUACCUACGACGAAGAGGCCCUCAAGAGCUUGAUCAACUUUUUCGUGCCUCCUCGCAGGGAACGCGCCGUCUCUACAGCUCUGGACGACGACACGCCCAGUGACGUGGCGGAAUUCUUGCGUCGCCUCUGGCUGUCUUCGCCGCCGAUGGGGCUCCACGAAGAGAACGACGGCGAGCCCUCCAUGGUCGUAUCAUGUGACACCCUGCGAUUCAGCAACGCCGACUCGUUCCCAUCAGUGCAGCAUUUCGCCGUGCCUCCGACGUUCAACACCAAUGAGAUCUACAAUGGCUUUCUGCUGCAGACGGAGGGGCUUACCACUCAACUUCUGGUUUCGCCGGUUUCGGGCAAGUUCCUGUUCAACAAGUCCUUCUUGGGCGACCUCCACUCGCUGCUGACGCAGAACAAGAAGCCUGCAAAACAAUUCCUGAUCUCGAACUCUUCGCCGUUCACAAUCAAGCUGACCAAGCCGCAAAUCGAGCUGAUCAAAACGCUGGUGCUCAGCAGUGAGCCAAGUGCUGCCAAGCACCUUGCCACGGCGUUGGAUCCUACCGAGCCGAGCAUCGAGCUGUCUCUGGGACUGAUUGACUUUGGCUAUUCGCCUUAUUCCUUGUCGGGACUUCCUCCCGCAAUCGACCUUCGAUUCUCUUUCGCGCACGUUACCGGGUGGGGCUAUCCGGUCGUGCCCGGGGCCGCACCCUCUGAUUCGCCUCUCCUUCUGCUGACCACCGUCCCCAAUCGUGAGGAAGGCAAGGCCGCAGCGGACGCAUUCGAUUUAUCACUGCGCUUGCCGCCGUCCACAGAAAAGGUGACUGUGGGCGAUGAGGCGGGUGACAGUCACGUUCGGCUUCACACCUCGGGCUUGUCGCUGGUCUACUGCCACAUCGUCCACGACUGGAUUUCUUGGCUGGCCGCGACCUUCAUAUCGAAGAGCAGCAAGCCCGAUGAACAAGAGGGACACGCAUUAGCUACGCGGCUGACUACCGAACCCGUCGUCAUCUCGGCCACCUGCCCCGAGGACGGCUUCUUCUUCCGCUACUCGGCGCUCCAACGCGCGAGGCAGUCGCUGGCCAAAAAGCUUGACGUUGGCGUGCACAAUCUCCAUCUCGCAGUUUCCAGUAUCUGGCACGACGAGAACCUUGCGGACGACCCAGCGGUCGUCUCCAUCCACUUGCCGCAGUUGAGCCUCACCUCCUCCGCCCCGGCAACGCCCGAGGCGCCCACGAUUUGGAGGCUACGCUUGACCGACGCGAAUGUGCACACGAUAUCGAGUCUCAGCGCCUCCCUCUUCCCCACGUUCGCUCGCCACUUUCCGACCAUGCCAUCGCCUGCGCACCACCGACUGCUUUCCGGCUUCUCCAUUAGCGGCUCUCUACUGCUCCACGCUGGCGAUUCACCCGCGGCGUGCCCGAGCAAGGUUGAUCUCAAAUCGGAGAUCGACGGUGGAGAGGUCAAGCUCUCUGCGGACAGCCUGGCCACCUGCCGAUACCUCUUUGCUUCGCUCAAGUGCAGUCUGCUGUCACUGCGACGGCCGAAGAGCCCGGUCACCAUGAGCAAGGAGUCAGGCCUGGACGAUGAGCUGGUAGAGUAUCCCCCACCUACCAACACCGUCAUGUCUCUUUCUGUGGCGCUCGUUGUUGGACCACCGACGGCGCAUCUGGUCUACAUUGCGGAUCUCCAAAGACUGGAGGUCAGCAUGCUAUCGGCCCCGGACCACUUCAAGUACGGAACGAUUAACCAGAUCGUUCCUCUGUCCCAGGUUGGUGUCGCUCCCCGCUCGGGGCACUGA